UCAUCCCCAUUUCCAUUUCCAUCCUUCUAAAUGGAGAGUAAGCUACUUUCAACCACCUCCGCCGCCUCCCUCCGCCACCCUCGUUCCAAUGUUUCAAAGCAAACAUUUUCCCGCCUUCAAUUUCCCCCUUCAAGAUUUCUCAGUAAUGGCAUCCUCACAAAUCAACCCUCUUCCGCUACUGCGCUUCGGUGUAUGCCGAAAAGAAGGGUGGACAAGUCACAGAUGUACACUCUUGAAGGCAUUAGGGAGUCCUUGGUCUGGCAAGAAGAGCGCAUUAUAUUCUGUCUGGUUGAUAGAACUCAAUUUUGUUAUAAUGCGCCAACAUAUUAUCCUCAUGGUUUCACCAAGGAUGGUUUCCGUGGCUCUAUAGUCGAGUACGUGGUCAAAGAAACAGAAAAGAUUCAAGCAAAGGCUGGAAGAUACGCGAGCCCUUACGAGCGUCCCUUCUUCCCCGACAUCUUACCCAAGCCCCUCUUUGCCCCGUUGGAGUAUCCACAGGUUCUUCAUCCAGCAGCAGACGUGAUAAAUAUUAAUUUCCAAGUGUGGAAUAUGUACUUUAGGAAUCUCCUUCCAGGAUUGGUUAAAGAAGGCGAUGACGGUAAUUAUGGCUCAGCUGCAUUGUUGGAUGCUUUAUGCUUGCAGACUCUUUCCAAGAGGAUUCAUUAUGGUAAAUUUGUAGCUGAAGCAAAAUUUCAAGCCUCCCCUGACGUGUACAAAGCUGCAAUCAUAGAAAAAGAUGGAGGUCAACUGAUGGAUUUGCUGACGUACGAAACUGUGGAAGAUACCAUUACUAAGCGCGUGGAGCUAAGGACUCGGAAGCAUGGGCAAGAAGAAAUACUAUGUGAAUGUACAGGUGAAGUUAGCAUGGAACCUGUUUAUAAGAUAAACCCAAGCAUUGUGGGGGAGCUGUACCGCCAAUGGAUCAUGUCGUUAACUAAGCAAGUUCAGGUUGAGUAUCUGUUGAGAAGGCUUGAUUAG